AUGUCAGAGGGAAUAAGGACUCAACUGAUAAUGGACAGAAUUAAUGAGGAUGUUGAGGAAACAGAAUCAGAAUGUUCAGGAUAUCUAGGAAUGACAGAUUGUUUGCUGUCGGACUUAGAAAAUUCAUUUCCUGCUCUGUUUGGGGACAAUAAAAAUCUUCUAUCGCCUGGUAGACCUACAAAAUUCCACAGUUCCAUAAAUAUGACAGAGCGAUCACUUAUCCUUAACUGGCAACCGCCUCUUGACAGCAGCAUUCGAGACGUUAAGGGGUUUUUCAUUACAAUCCAUGGAGUUGAUGGGCUGGCCAGCGGACUUCGCCAGUGUGUCAUCAUCCAGCUUAACAGUCCUCUAAACGCAACUCACUAUAACACCAAGUUUGCAAUAACAUACUAUCCAGUAUUUGAGUCUUCAGUCUACGAUUUCCGAAUAGUUUCUCUCCCAAUAGCUGAUAUAAAGUACGACACUAACGACGAUUCUGUGGCUGCUCGCCUGAGAACAAAAACUGGAAAGAUCGCAGAUCAAAGCUCACCUGCGCACUGGACGACACCCAUGACCUGUCACUCAGAUGAUGUCAUGAUCACAGCCGUAUUUUCUCUGCCUCCAAAACGGUUUAAGAUGACGAAAUUUGACAUCACAGUCGUGCACUUCUUACAAAACCGUACCCGUCUGUGGGAAAAUUCCAGUAGAAUUUCCUUAUUAGAUAGCAGUUUUGAGAAAUUACACCAACUUCAGUGGAGGUAUAGCAGUUUUAAGGAGCCAACUGGUGACAGAAUAAAGAUAUUGAUUCGUCCUGUUGACCUUGUGAUGGGUCUAGGGCAAUGUAUUUGUUACAAUGCAAAUGGAAUAUGUGUGGGCGGAUGCAAGCAAUCUUCUUGUACAAUAGUUACUGUGUCACCUUCAGAUAAAAGUCCUCUCAAAAAUGAUUUGGCUGCGACAAGUCGUUUCAAGGACCACCUUCUUGCCAUUUCCACAUCACUUUCACUUCUAUUAGUUUCCAUGGCAACUGGAUUCUUACUUUUCUUUUUAAGAAGGCACUAUACGUCCACAAGGAGCCAGAAAAAUCCAACAAAGACCGAUAUCCUACCUAACAACCAUGAUGUUACUGAAGCUCUGACGCCACCUGAUUUUUCUUUGCAACAUCAGCAAAAUGAUUCCUUUUACUUUGCCGGCAGUUUUGAUACCUUUUUAAAACCUUCUUCAGAGAUGGAAGAGGGAAGCAUGACUCUCAGCGAACAAAUGCUUAAAAUCAACGAGAACUACUUCAAAGCUAUCAAUCGCACCGGAAGUAACAUGUCUCUAUUCGCUGACAAAGUUAGUCUUGGUGGAAAGAGUGUUUGAAGACAGCUGAUCACACUUGAUCAAAGCACACAGUACCACGUGACUGGUUAAUAAUCGAGCGCGAUCGUACUACAUUUGUGUGAUUUGACGGUACGAAGAACUGCGCAGUUGAGGUAACAGAUAAUUAGCACGAUCCACCUGAUACCUGACACAAAGCAGCGAGGAGGAUAAAGGAAAAAAAAUUAAAUAUCUGUUGGUGUUACCUAAAACAAAGACAUUCCUGACGUGCGCAGUGACAGCUAUUUUGUAUGUUUCGUUAUAACAAAAUUUAAGACUUCCUUCCUGGUAAACGUACACUUAUGAUUUACUGGGGAUAAUACAAGGAAAUGAGAUGGCCAUGUAGCGCUUUCCAGUUUGAUUUAGACUGAUUUUCAAUACAGCCCGUAGCUUAUAUUCUUAAGAUCCAUGAAAAAUGCAUUUUAUGGUCUUCAAACAAAUUACCUGGAAUUCAUGGUACCAUAUUUUUUUUUACAUUUGUCAGUUACAAAAAAAUAUGUCUUAUCUGGGAAAUGUUUAUCCUCAUUUUAAAUUAAUCGGUUCACUCCUGGUCCUGGGAUCAUGAAGCAUCUUAAGCUUAAGUCAAAAAAUGUAUAUGGCACUGAAAUUAUUUAGAAGUUAAACAGUCUAAAAUAAAAAUAUUUUUGCUUUACAAUUUUGCAUUAUCAAUCUGCUACCAUAAGCAAAUUAAGAGUUUCAUUUUACAAGUUUUAAAGAUUUUAUAAAUGACUGAAAUUUUUGACUUUUACGUCUAAGUCUGUUUCAUGAUCCAUGGGCCUGCAUAGCAAAGUAAAUUUUAAUGUAAAAGAUGAAUUAACUGUCGGAAAGUGGAAUGAGUUUUGGGAAACUAGUAAACAUUAAAAUUUUACAUUAGCAAAUAAGAUAUUUUCAUUUGUUGGUGAAGUAAAAGAAUAA